GGCCAUGUCCUAUCCGCAGGGCUACUUGUACCAGCCGUCCGCCUCGCUGGCACUCUACUCGUGCCCGGCGUACAGCACCAGCGUCAUUUCGGGGCCCCGCACGGAUGAGCUCGGCCGCUCUUCUUCGGGCUCCGCGUUCUCGCCCUACGCUGGCUCGACUGCCUUCACGGCGCCCUCGCCGGGCUACAACUCGCACCUCCAGUACGGCGCCGACCCCGCGGCCGCCGCCGCCGCCGCCUUCUCCUCGUACGUGGGCUCUCCCUACGACCACACACCCGGCAUGGCGGGCUCCUUGGGGUACCAUCCUUACGCGGCGCCCCUGGGAUCGUACCCUUACGGGGACCCAGCGUACCGGAAGAACGCCACAAGGGACGCCACGGCUACGCUCAAGGCCUGGCUCAACGAGCACCGCAAGAACCCCUACCCCACCAAGGGCGAGAAGAUCAUGCUGGCCAUCAUCACCAAGAUGACCCUCACCCAGGUGUCCACCUGGUUCGCCAACGCGCGCCGGCGCCUCAAGAAAGAGAAUAAAAUGACGUGGACGCCGCGGAACCGCAGCGAGGACGAGGAAGAGGAGGAGAACAUUGACCUGGAGAAGAACGACGAGGACGAGCCCCAGAAGCCCGAGGACAAGGGCGACCCCGAGGGCCCCGAAGCAGGAGGAGCGGAGCAGAAGGCGGCUUCGGGCUGCGAACGGCUUCAGGGACCACCCACCCCUGCAGGCAAGGAGACGGAGGGCAGCCUCAGCGACUCGGAUUUUAAGGAGCCGCCCUCGGAGGGCCGCCUCGACGCGCUGCAGGGCCCCCCCCGCACCGGCGGGCCCUCCCCAGCUGGGCCAGCGGCGGCGCGGCUGGCGGAGGACCCGGCCCCUCACUACCCCGCCGGAGCGCCGGCGCCCGGCCCGCAUCCAGCCGCGGGAGAGCUGCCCCCGGGUCCCGGCGGGCCCUCGGUUAUCCAUUCGCCGCCUCCGCCGCCGCCUCCUGCGGUGCUCGCCAAGCCCAAACUGUGGUCUUUGGCAGAGAUCGCCACAUCGUCGGACAAGGUCAAGGACGGGGGCGGCGGGAGCGAGGGCUCUGCAUGCCCACCGUGUCCCGGGCCCAUCGCCGGGCAAGCCCUAGGAGGCAGCCGUGCGUCGCCGGCCCCGGCGCCGUCACGCUCGCCCUCGGCGCAGUGUCCUUUUCCAGGCGGGACGGUGCUGUCCCGGCCUCUCUACUACACCGCGCCCUUCUAUCCCGGCUACACGAACUAUGGCUCCUUCGGACACCUUCAUGGCCACCCGGGGCCCGGGCCAGGCCCCGCAACCGGUCCGGGGUCUCAUUUCAAUGGAUUAAACCAGACCGUGUUGAACCGAGCGGACGCUUUGGCUAAAGACCCGAAAAUGUUGCGGAGCCAGUCUCAGCUAGACCUGUGCAAAGACUCUCCCUAUGAAUUGAAGAAAGGUAUGUCCGACAUUUAACGCGGGCUGCGUCGGUCCCGGACUUUUCUAAUUUAUUAAAAACAUGGCCUUGGCAGUUAUUUUUCCAUCACCGAGAGAGAGAGACAGAGAGAGAAAAUAAACUACCCCUCCUAUUCAGAAGUUUAUAGUUUAUGGAGAUGGAUGACAUAAAAAUGUAAACAUCUCCACACACACAAAAAAAUGUCUUAACCAACCGAAAAGAAAAAUUAAAAAAGGAUUUGUAUUAAAUCUUAUUCUGUAUAUUUAAUGUAGCAUUUUUGUAUUUAAAUUGAUAAUUCAAUAUCUUUGAAGUAAAUUAUGAAAUCAAGACACCUGUACAGGCAUUUAAUGUUUUUUUGUAAUAUAAAUAUAUACAUUUGUGUUUCCCCGAAAACUGUUUCAUAGUUAAAAAAUACAACUUUAAUUUAAUUUUUUACACCUAUUGAUUCUGCUGGGUAUGAGCUAAAGUAUUACAGAAAGGAAACAGGUUAUACUCUUAGAUUUAAAAAGUGAAAGAAACUGCAGGCGCCUUUGUAAAAUGCAAAAUAUUUAAUUAAAAGAGAUUUUAACAUAA